CUUUAUAAAGCAGAACACAAGAGAACACUAGCUCCAAUGCGAUUUCUCUUACCAAUUCAACUCUUGCCAUCACACUACGGAUCCUCACACUACACCGUGCCCCCAUUCUCCACAUCAAUCAAUCGGGGUAGUGAUUGAGAUUGGAGGGAAAGAAAAAAGAGAAAAAAAAACCGUGUUGCUUAGAUAUAUAAAUAUAAAUAAAUAAAUAAAAACAGAGGAAACAGGGGAAACAGGGGAUCGUGGCGCAGAGUCAAAGGGCGAGGAAGAAGGAGAAGGAGAAGGAGAAGGAGUGUAGUGAGUUUGUGUAGUAUAAUAGAUUAGAUUAGAUGGGUGGUGGAGGAACAAUCACACAAGGUCUUCGUCGCUUGUUUCAACGACGCGCUCCUCCUUCUUCCUCUCUUGCUGACGAUGACAACAAUGACCGUGUCUUCUUGAGAGAUUUGCGGGCACAACUGGCUUCUAUUCCCACUCAGGACCACCAAACACUACCCCCCAUUCACCAACACUUUGAUAUCUCUUCCUUGAAACCCAUCAGAGUCCCUACGCCCGCCCUCUUCCCAUUUUCUUCCAUGGAUCCUCACAAAAAGCAGGGCGCGCAGGAAUCAGAGUUUUUUACUGAGUAUGGAGAGGCAAAUCAGUACCAGAUCCAAGAAGUCGUUGGAAAAGGAAGCUAUGGUAUUGUGGGUUCUGCCAUUGACACCCGCACUGGUGAAAAGGUUGCCAUCAAGAAGAUUCAUGACGUUUUUGAGCAUGUGUCGGAUGCCACGCGGAUCCUUAGAGAGAUUAAACUCUUGCGAUUGCUCCGGCAUCCUGAUAUUGUGGAGAUUAAGCACAUCAUGCUUCCUCCUUCGCGGCGAGAGUUCAAGGAUAUCUAUGUUGUGUUUGAGUUGAUGGAAUCAGACCUCCAUCAAGUUAUCAAGGCAAAUGAUGAUCUUACUCCUGAGCACCACCAAUUCUUCUUGUAUCAGCUUCUUCGGGGCCUCAAGUAUAUACAUACAGCAAAUGUUUUCCAUCGUGAUUUGAAGCCAAAAAAUAUUCUUGCUAAUGCUGAUUGCAAACUAAAGAUAUGUGAUUUUGGGCUUGCUAGAGUUUCAUUUAAUGAUGCUCCAUCAGCUAUAUUCUGGACUGAUUAUGUUGCAACCCGGUGGUACCGUGCACCUGAACUAUGUGGUUCUUUUUUCUCAAAAUAUACCCCUGGAAUUGAUAUUUGGAGCAUUGGAUGCAUAUUUGCAGAAAUGCUCUCUGGGAAGCCAUUGUUUCCUGGGAAAAAUGUGGUGCACCAAUUGGAUCUCAUGACUGAUUUGCUUGGAACUCCUCCUCCUGAAUCCACUGCAAGGAUUCGAAAUGAGAAAGCUAGAAGGUAUCUUAGUAGCAUGAGAAAAAAACAACCUGUUCCAUUCUCCCAGAAAUUUCCAAAUGCAGAUCCUUUGGCACUGCGUUUACUGGAGCGCCUACUUGCAUUUGAUCCUAAAGACCGUCCAACAGCUGAAGAGGCACUAGCUGAUCCUUAUUUCAAUGGUUUGGCAAAUGUGGAUCGUGAACCAUCCACUCAACCCAUUUCAAAACUUGAAUUUGAGUUUGAGAGAAGGAAAUUGACCAAAGAUGAUGUUAGAGAGUUGAUUUAUCGAGAGAUUUUGGAGUAUCAUCCCCAGAUGCUCCAGGAGUAUCUUCGUGGUGGAGAUCAAAUCAGCUUCAUGUAUCCAAGUGGGGUUGAUCGGUUCAAGCGACAGUUUGCACAUCUUGAGGACCAAGGGAAAGGUGAGCGAAGCUCCCCAUUGCAGAGACAGCAUGCCUCCUUACCUAGGGAGCGAGUCACUACUUCCAAGGAUGAAAGUAAUCAAAACAACGAUGAUGAAAGGCCAAGUGGGUCAAAUCUUCAUAGUCCUCCAGGGCCUAAUGAGACAAAUGCUGGAAACUCAGACGCUCAAAAUGGACCCUCCAAGUCCAACUAUAGUGCACGCUGCCUGUUGAAGAGUGCCAGCAUUAGUGCUUCAAAGUGCAUAGAUGUGAAACAAAAGAAGGAACCAGAGGAGCCAAUUGUGGAGGAGGUCAAUGAGGAGGAAGUGGAUGGUUUGACAGAAAAAAUUGCUAAUGCUAUCAUCCAUGCUUAGUAUUAUAAUUUUGAUCUUCCUUGCAUGUUUGCUCUGUUCCUUCUCAUAGAGAGAAAGAGCUGGUGAUUUGAAGCACUACACAGAAAUCCUUCACGUUGAUUGUGUUAGAUGCUAACUUUAAGAAUCCAAUGUCAUCAAUUGCCAUUUUGUAUUACUGCUGUAACUGUAAGGUCUGUAAUUAAGUAUUUAUUUGUGUAAAGAAACACAAUGUAUACCACUCAUAAUUUAUUAUGGAACAAACAUGAGUUCUUUUUCGACAGUAAAAGAUGAGUUUGGUGCGAAA